GCUAUUCUCAAGCAGUUCGACAGAUAGAAAUAGCAGCUGCACAGAUAGAAAUAGCAGCUCCACAGAUAGAAAUAGCAGCUCCACAGAUAGAAAUAGCAGCUCCACAGAUAGAAAUAGCAGCUCCACAGAUAGAAAUAGCAGCUCCAGAGAUAGAAAUAGCAGCUCCACAGAUAGAAAUAGCAGCUCCACAGAUAGCAAUAGCAGCUCCCUCGAUAGAGAUAGUAUCUCCUUCGAUAGAAAUUAAUUAA